AUGCAUUUGACAUGCGUUUUUGCAUCGCUCGUUAUUAUGCCAUCUCUGAAGUUCUUUGACCGUGCUAGUUUUCCGCUUUCUCUGUUGCUUUCCCUUCGGCCCUCCACCCUUCUGUCGCUUCAGAAGCAGUUCUUCAGAGGACUGCAGGAACGCUUUUCCUCUGCUCGCCAAGUCACUGGAGAGUCCCAGAGGCUGGUGGGCUCUUUGACGGCAGUCGCUCCUUCUGCGGGCAGGCGCGUUCAUGCCGCUCAUCUUUCCGCAGCCAGCACUCUGGGGCGGAGAGAGCCAUUUGCAACAAAUCUUUUUUCCAAAGGCAAUGCGGAGAGGCAAGGGAGAGGACUGGCUGGCACCGGACCGCACGCUCCCGACACCAUGCAGUUUGCACCCGUCAGUAUUGGAGAAUGCAUCGAGGAAACGGUGCCUCAUGUCCUUGCCCAUGCAUUCCUGGACAACUCUUCUGCGGAAAGUCUUAAAGAACCCGGCCUUCGCGAACACGAGAACGAGCACAAAACGAGGACUACGCCAUCGCGAACCCUCACUGGGCGCUGCGCUCGGAGUCCCCGGUCACUGCGUUGCCCCAAGGAAAAGCAGAGAGUUUCCGUCGCUCCCGGAAGAGGCGAAAUUACCGGAGAAGGAGGGCGCAUCAUCGUAGCUAGGCAGGACGCCAAGGAAAACGUGCUGCGAACGUGGCGUGGAAAACCGGGACCGCUGGGCCUUGACAAGAAGGCGAACCGGGGUCUGGUUCAUGGCAAUGGAAUACCUACAGCGACGAGGACAGAAACGGGGAAACCAAGCACGCUCAUGACCGGGGACACGUGGAACUGGAGAAGCGCGUACACGGCGGGGGCAGCACAUGCAAAGGAGAACGACAGCCUCAGCGAGGGCAAAGCCCAUGAGCGCGCACAGGGACUUCUUUUCGCUCUGGCGGCGGCAGUCAUGACUAUCCACGAGCAUAAAAGGACGCUGGAGGCUGUUGCGGCAGGUGCUGGAAUUCCUCCGGCGUUAUGCUUUGCGUGCCCUGCCCCCGGCUCUGCUUCUCCCUUCGCUCCACUUUCGCCGAUGUCUGCGGCCCUCGCGCGGAUGCCAUGGGCGGAUUUCACAGGUUUUCGCCUGAAUCUCCCUCCUGUCCCUGUCGAAUUCCGCUUGGCGCUUUCGCUGUCCUUGGCUGGUUCGGGCCAUCAGUCUGCCGGCGUUCCCGAACAAAAUCAGUUUCAAACUUCCGACCGGAGGCCGCUCCAGGGCUUGCACCCGACAGCCGCCUGCCCAGGUGUUAUGGUGACAGAAAGUAAACAAAGCGUUCCCGAAGAAGAGCUGCGCAGCCUGCCCGUGUCUGAAGGGGUUUUCGCAGCUUUGCGCGAGAAGCAGCAGUCAUCUUGUGGCCAAACCGUCGAGCGGGGCACUGAGACCCGCGCGAAUUCCACAAACGAACAGUCAGCUGCAGUGGCGCAGGUUUGGGUGCUGGAGGUUCCAGGCGGCCCUUCCAACCCGUCCCAACGGGAAGGCGGCGGCGAAAAAGGAAGUGUGUCGCAAGACGGAGCGGAAGAGCGUCUUUUGCCCGCGGCCCGAACUGCUAUCAGUCCAGAGGGUCGCCUGGUGUAUCGCGUCACGGGGUUCUCUGAUGUCUUCGUGGGCGUUGCGGACGUUGAGAUUGGCAAAAAGGGCGGACCGUCUCAAAAAGAGGAGUUAACCCCAGCACUUGUCAUUGAGACCUCCCUCCAAGCCCCCAGCGAAACCCUCCACCUCCGUGCUGCUGUGUUUCUUGAUCGCCCCUUCGACUGCGGAACGAUGCAGCGCGAGAUCGAGGGAACGCUUCCCGACCUUGAAGACGCUUUCCUGGUCUCAGGCGAUGAAUGGAAGAAGCACAGCGCGACAGGCAAAGAAGAGCUAACAAUCGUACCGGCCUUGGGAACCGUGCCCUUAGGAAAGGUGGUGACGGCGGUUAUGUAUCGAGACGAUCCUGCAGGCUCCGAAGGCGGAGGCAGACGCAUCGACGUUCGAGCUCCCAUGAACGGGCGAAUCAUCAAAAUCGAAGUGAAAGAAGGUGACCGCGUUACAAAGAGGGCGCCCUUAGCGGUGAUUGAGGCAAUGAAGAUGGAAACAGCGAUUCGCAGUCCCUGCAACGGAGUUGUCGCCUCGGUGCACGUGGCAACGGGUGCGUAUACAAAACCCGGACAGAGUUUGCUACAGAUUUUUGAAGAUACGUCAGGGAAAGCGUGA